GGAGGGGGAGGGGAGCGAACGGGAUGGGAGGGGAGGGGAGGGACAGGACAGACAGACAAAGGGGUGCGGCAGCACGGCCAGGGGAGGAGGAGGAUCCAGGCCCGGGGAAGGUCGCUGGGCAGGGCGAGUUGGGAAAGCGGCAGCCCCCGCAGACCCCGGAGCCCCUUCUCGUCCUUUCUCCCACGUCCUAUCUGCCCCUCGCUGGAGGCCAGGCCGUGCAGCAUCAAGGACAGGAGCAACUGGAGCCUCAUUGGCCGGCCCGGACCGCCGGUCUCGGGCUUAAAUAGGAGCUCCGAGCUCUGGCUGGGACCCGACCGCUGCCCGCCGCGCUCCCGCCGCUCCUGCCGGGUGAUGGAAAACCCCAGCCCGGCCGCCGCCCUGGGCAGGGCCCUCUGGGCUCUCCUCCUGGCCACGCUGGGCGCCGCCGGCCUGCCUCGUGGGGGAGAGUCCGUCUGUUCCGCCAGAGCACCGGCCAAAUACAGCAUCACCUUCACGGGCAAGUGGAGCCAGACGGCCUUCCCCAAGCAGUACCCCAUGUUCCGCCCCCCCGCGCAGUGGUCUUCGCUGCUGGGGGCCGCGCAUAGCUCGGACUACAGCAUGUGGAGGAAGAACCAGUACGUGAGCAACGGACUGCGCGACUUUGCGGAGCGUGGCGAGGCCUGGGCGCUGAUGAAGGAGAUCGAGGCGGCGGGGGAGGCGCUGCAGAGCGUGCACGCGGUGUUCUCAGCGCCCGCAGUCCCCAGCGGCACCGGGCAGACGUCGGCGGAGCUGGAGGUGCAGCGCAGGCACUCGCUGGUCUCGUUCGUGGUGCGCAUCGUGCCCAGCCCCGACUGGUUCGUGGGCGUGGACAGCCUGGACCUGUGCGACGGGGACCGCUGGCGGGAACAGGCGGCGCUGGACCUGUACCCUUACGACGCCGGGACGGACAGCGGCUUCACCUUCUCCUCCCCCAACUUCGCCACCAUCCCGCAGGACACAGUGACCGAGAUAACGUCCUCCUCUCCCAGCCACCCGGCCAAUUCGUUCUACUACCCGCGGCUGAAGGCCCUGCCUCCCAUCGCCAGGGUGACGCUGGUGCGGCUGCGACAGAGCCCCAGGGCCUUCGUCCCUCCCGCCCCAGUCCCGCCCAGCAGAGACAAUGAGAUUGUAGACAGCGCCUCAGUUCCAGAAACGCCGCUGGACUGCGAGGUCUCCCUGUGGUCGUCCUGGGGACUGUGCGGAGGCCCUUGUGGGAGGCUGGGGGCCAAGAGCAGGACUCGCUACGUCCGGGUCCAGCCCGCCAACAACGGGAGCCCCUGCCCCGAGCUCGAAGAAGAGGCUGAGUGCGUCCCUGAUAACUGCGUCUGAGACCAGAGCCCCGCAGCCCCUGGGGCCCCCGGAGCCGUGGGGUGUCGGGGGUUCCUGUGCAGGCUCAUGCUGUAGGCGGCCGAGGGCACAGGGGGGUUUGCGCUGCUCCUGACCGCGGUGAGGCCGCGCCGACCACCUCUGCACCGAAGGGCCCUCUGGUGGCCGGCAGGGGCAUUGGGAAACAGCCUCCUCCUUUCCCAUCCUUGCUUCUGCUCGUGUCCCGUCCUUGCUUCUGCCCAUGUCCCGUCUGCUCUCAGCCUCCUGCUUCUGCAUAAAAUCAUCCCCAAGGCUCCGUCUACUCUAAAUUAUGUCUCCUUAUAAGUUAUUGCUGCUCCAGGAGAUCGUCCUUCAUUGUCCAUGGGCCUGGCUCCCACGUGGUUGCAGAUACCUCAGACCUGGUGCUCUAGGCUGUGCUGAGCCCACUCUCCCGAGGGCGCAUCCAAGUGGGGGACACUUGAGAAGUGAAUAAAUGGGGCAGUUUUGGGAACUUCUGUGUUUUCAUGUUAUGGAUCUCUUUGCAUUUGAAUAAAGACUAUCUCUGUUCCUAACAAA